AGUUAGAAAAUAUGGCGGCGCCCACAAGGCACGUGUGCAGAUAAACAUAGGUUAGAUUACGCGGGUAAAUACGCAAGGAUGGAUACUUCGGCUACUAGAAAACCGAAGAAAACGCGUAAGCGGAAUUCGACAAACGAGAGUGAAGCGUCAGUAAAAAAGGCAAAGAUCAACGGCUCUGUCAAGGAAGUGCUCGACCAUGACGUACGAGAAAAUGAAGAUUCUGACAGAGAUGACACGAAGGACGCGGUUCCCGAUGAUAGGCAGGACGUAUUGAAUGGACAGUCCUUGAGAAAGCUUUUCUCCUCUUCUUCUGACUCUUCCUCCGCCGCCAACUUGGCUGCGCUCCGAAAGUUCGUGACGAUAUGCAACGAGAACAAAGAACGGGAUUUCGCGGUGGAGUACCUGCUCGCCGGUGGCAGUGUUCUCGAGGUUCUGAGGCUGCUGGAGUCUUCCGACAAGAAAAAUAAUACCAACACCGUCACUGUCUUCUCCGCGAUCCACAUCUUGCUCAUGAGGAUCUUGACGGAGUAUCCUCAGUACCGAAAUAGUGCUAUAGAAGCUUGUCGUCAUUUGCUGAACUCGCACAUGUCCAGUGUGCAUUCCAUGCUCUCGAUUCAGAGCAAUCCCAGGCAGCGUAAAGCAGUGCUGAGGCUGCUGGCAGCCAUAGUCGCCCUGGACAAUGGUCUGUCCAGGGAACUGCUCAUCCACCUGUCACUGCAGCAGCAAACCUUACAGAGUUUAGUGCGGCAUACUAAGCCUAUGGAUCCUCAAAGCGUUAGAACAUGUUUCAUACAUUUUGUUCUCGCCUUCCUUGUGGAGGGAAAUGCGCUGGUGAUCAGAGCGCUCUUGGAUAAGCGCGACCUGCUCUGCUGCAUCUUCGCGGAUCUGCUGUACGAUUCGAAAGACGUUGUCAGUCUAGUUCUGACCACUGUGAAAACGUAUGUGCUGGAGAAUAUCACCAUUAAUAAAACAACAAAGAUGCAUGUAUUCUCCACAUCUGCUAUAUUGAAUCUGGUAUCAUUGUACAACUGGAAAGGUCCUUACAAUUGGCAUAAAAACAAAACUCAUGGUUCUGACAACAGUGAAAGCUUUCUAGCAGACAAAGAGGUCGUUAGUGACAUGGCUCAUGAAUUCUUAAUUACUUUGUUAACAUCACAUCGUUACGGAGUUAUUUUCCAUAAUCGAAUGCUGAGUGGUUCGCGAGGUACGCAUAAUCAGCUGGUACAUACAGUUCUUCAGAAUCUAGAGAAACCUUGGGAACAUGAAAAACCAUCGGAUCUGAUUGUUAGGAUAAUGGGUGCUUGCCCGGAUUUAAUUCGUUCGCAAUACAGUGCCGUCGAGCCAUUUCUCGAACCCCGAGUGUCACCCAAAUGGGUUUGUCUUCUCAAAUUUGUAGGAAAGAUAGUGAAAGCAGUUAACCCGGUUAAUUGCAUCAAAACUUGCGCCGCGGAACUGAAAGCGAAUGAUUUGAUAAAUACAUUACUUUCUCUGGCGGUUCCAAGUGCAAUUAUAAAAGUUGUUAUCUUACCAGGGUUAAAUCACGAUAGUCUUUCUGUUAGACACGAGGCUCUGACUCUUCUUCUAACAAUGAUUAACCAGCUGAAAGCCAUUUCUUCAGCUACAAAAGAGUUCUACACAACAUCUACAAUCCAAAAGCAGAUAAAAGAUUUUGUUCUAAGAGCCGUCCCCACCUUGGAAACUAUUUUACGAAUGUGGAAUCGUGCUUUCGAAGAUGAUACCAACGACGUAAAAGCUUCGGAAAGUGCGGAGAACAUUCAGAGUCCAGAGUUAGUGGAUCAUCUUGAUGUAAUCUUAAGCGUUUUUCAUUUGUACCAAGAUAUAUGUCCAGAAUUGUUAGAUACUUCGACAAAUUUGCAACCGAGUUUGCUGCUAUCGAGUUUAAAUAAUCUCCAGGAUGACGAAGGCAAUGAAGAAACUAAGGAGAAAAUUAAUUGCAUGAAGGUCAAGACAAUACAGUUCCUGCUUGCCUUAAACUCUUCUAUUUUUGCGCCUAGAGAAAAGGCUUUCAAAGAAGCUCUCGUCUUCUUAAUAUCUCUAAUCCGUCAAAAAGAUUCACCGUCGGACAGCUACAAUGUUACCAAAACGCUGUUAAACGCAACUGGUCUAUUUGAAACCUGUGAAGAUCAGCUGGAUAUUUGGAUUAAUGGCUUUUCAGUAAUUACAGAUUCUGAGGAUAGUGAGCAGUUGACGCAGUGGUUCAUGUCCGUCCUGAAGAGUGCCAUUAAACACAUUGACAAGUAUAUAAAUAUCAUAACACAAGCGGAAGGAGUGACAAACGAUCAGACUAAUCUCAACAUUAAAAAGGCGGAUGAUAUAAUCAAUGAACUGUUUGAUAAAGCUAACAGAAGCAAAUCUCCCUGCCAAGAAGAAUGUUCUGUAACAAAAUCGUCUUUAAUUAAUGGACAAUUUAGUUCUGAUGAAAAAAAGGAUAGUGCAAUUGAUAAUAAUUUAAAAUUGAAACAAGAUCUGAAAGAUACUAUCAAAUACAUCAAGUGUAUAACACAGAGGAACGAGCAAUUGACUAGUUCUGACGCGAAUGAGAUAGAGGACGUAAUUAAUCAGCUACUUUAUAACACAAAUUCAAGUAAACGUGACCUCCGUAAAAUUUUGUCUACAUCAAUAUCGUCUUUAAUAAAUAAAUUCAAUAAUUUUGAAGGACUAAAAGAAACUGAUGAGGCAGUUGAUAACCUGUUUAACAAUGUUGAUAAAGAGAAUAUCAAUCCUUGCAGGAUGCAAGCCUGCACGGCGGUGUCGCCGCUUCUAUGCUGUGCGCUGCAGAAGGUAAAUGAGAAAAAUUGCACCGCCACGAUCUUGGCUUAUUUAUCCUACGUGACGGUCCACACUCUGCACCAUCAAGUCGUUCCGGAUCUGCUGGUUUAUAUGGCGAAAGAUCUGAUCAAUUUACCAACUUACAAAUACUUGCAAAGUUGGUCAAGUAGCGAGCAACCUGUUUCUUUGAAGAGCAAGCUGCCGCCUUUAAGAUUGUUGCGCAAACUGAGCCAUGUGUUGCUGGCAAAUUCCAAAAUGGAUGUAACUAAACUUUCUGAACUGUUUGAUGACGGUCAUUCGACGUAUUGUUUCAAGUAUGACGACAAAGAAAUCACCAUCAAACACUCCUUAUCUUUGUAUGACAUCAAGAUGCUGUUGAAGAUGACAGUAUUUUAUUUAGCACAGCUGGCGCAAUCGAAAAUCUUGCAGCAGACCCAAAACGAAAAUUACAAGCUUGUACUCACGUUUUUGUUAAAUAUUCCGCAGUCUAACGAAUUAAAUCAAGUAAACGUAGCGAUACUUGAAGAGAACGCAAGAUGUAUCUUCACUCAUCCUAUUCUGUUGCAUUACUUUUCGCCAUUUUGUGGAGAAAUCUUGAAAGAUUCGGUGGAAUAUAUGAUCACUGAAACUAUCUUGAAAGUCUGUGAGUCCGUUUCGCAAUUGUAUAAAAAUGCAAGAAAUUUGUAUGAUAAUUCGGGGAGUUACAAUAUUUUCUUUGCAUUUAAAGAUAAGUUCCUCGCGCAAUUGGAGAAUAUCAUUGAGAGGAAUCCCCUGGAAGUCCUCAGUAGUAAUUACGGCAUUGCCAUUGAACUAUUGAAGGUAUUGCAACUAGGAGCGAAAGAUAUCGCGAGCCUGUUGCUCGCUUUGAUGAAGUUGAAGAAGAUCGCAUUUAUUUCGAGCGAUAAGCAAAACCCGUCCAUAUUCGGAUAUAUCGUUCCGAUGUUGCUGGACAUGUAUUGCAGCAAAACAUCAAGAUCGCGCGAUAUGUUGAACGAGCAGUUCGUAGACAAGUUCAGUUUACACCUGCUUCACCUGAAGUCUAGUAAAAUAAAUCACGCAGACAGGUGGGAGCAAGCCUUGGCAGAGUACUUAUCCAUCUUUCCGCACAAUGUUUCCGGUGUCAAUGCCAAUACUUUCACGCUGUUGCUGAAGAAAGGCAUUUCCGCGUCUACGAUCCAGCUGAUAACGAUCUUGAUCAACAAUGACACUAAACUGAUCUCAACGUUGGUAAAAUACUUGUUCAAGGUGGAAAAUGUGAAACAAGGGGAUGUUGUGUUCCCAAUAUUAGGCAGCAAUUUGAAAUACAAAUGGAACGAAAAAUUUCUGCAGAGUCUUUACAAAUGCUAUGGCAGCGACAUUGCUACAUAUAUGACCGAGCCGCAAAAUCCCGUCCCCUGGAUCGAAGAAAAUACAGCGGCGAUUGUCUAUCUCGUUGAAAGUACUUUCGAUCUUGCCCUGUGCAAGAAAAUUUGCGACACCGUUUCUCAGAACGGUGACAAACUGGACAUGGUAUCCGUUUGUUUUGUGCAAUUGCUGGAGAGUGUAUAUAAGAGGUAUGAAGCUUUAAUGACGGAUAAACAAAAAUCCUUAAUGGAUCUGAUAAAGAUAUUGUUGCACGUGAUGACAUCAACAUUGAAAAGAGAAUCGAAAAACAUAGAGAAGAUCAAAGUCUUAUGCGAAAAGCUGAACGGUGCGGUGAUUCGUUUGAAGAAAACUGAAGAUAACUUUGUCUUCAGCUCAUUGAGCAAGAGUUACUCGUGGCCGCAAUUUACCAGAUUUUCUUUAAAGUUAGGUAUGAAGGAUGCCAAGGACGAGGAGAUUCAAUCGAGUGUAUUGAAAACUCUGAAUAAUUUAUGCGAUAUUGCUUAUGGAGAUAACGUUAACGAUGAAUACGCGAAAACGUUGUUCGAAAUGACGACGUCUCAUUCGGAGUUUGUUAAUAUCAUGCUCGGGUCAUCCAUUGUUAAAGGUGACCUUGUCGAAUUAUUGAGAAUACUUAUUCGGAAGAAUCAUUCUGUGAUGACCACCUCGCACGUGCCGCUUUAUCUUGCGGCUUACAAUGCCACCCUUUGCCACGUUGAUCAGCGCAUUUUGCAGAUUCUUCAGUAUUAUGAAACUCAUAAUGUUAAGCUCCAACAGUAUUGGCCAUACUUAUGGGGCAGCGCCGCAGCGACACGUUACAGCGUGAGGGGAGAAACGGAUACUGCUCUGUGGAGACAACCUACUACUUCUGAGGUCUUUAAUUUGCUCAAUAAGGACAUCGUCAAUAAAACUAUAAAAAAUUAUCCCAUACACAGAACAAUGCGGAGCGAUAAAUUACACGAGGACAGCAAUGUGUAUGAUCCGGCAUUUUAUCUGCCACUGCUGUGCACUCUAUUAGCAGAAAAUAAUAUAAUCGCGUGUUACAAAAUAAGCCAGAGUGGUGCAUUAGCGUUAGUGUUUGCUGCAUGCUGCAGUAAUUCAAGUGACGUUCGGAUGACAGCGUAUACCAUCAUCUCUAGAUACUACUUUCACUUGGAAGCAUCUAAGUUUAAAGAAAAGUUAUUAUGGAUGCGUCUGAUUGACGCUUUGAAAAACGGAAUCGUUUCUUCAAAGUGUCCAUUGAAGGAUCUCCGUCUGAGUUGCCUGAUGACAACCUUCUUGGCCAGGACCUCGCUGGUCGCUAGUCAACCUCUGCAUCCACUUUAUUCGCCAUUGCAUACCUUCUUAAUGGCUAAAUCCGCACUGGACCUCAAUACUAUACCAGAGUUGCUGCAGUUGUUGUACAGCUCGCAUGUAGAUCAUAACGCACACCGGCACUGGGUAUUGGAGAACAUUCGGGAUGGCAUGAGGGAUGAAAAUGACUUAAAUGUGAUCCUGAAAUGUGUGUUGUUCAAAAUUCUCUUUGAUUUUCAUACUUGUGUACUGUCGGAUGCCAAGACCAAGAAACUAAUUUUGGAAGUUAUCGCUUCUACUACUAAAAUUUCUAAAGCAUCUUUGCUUCUCACACAAGGAUAUGGCAUACUUCCUUGGUUGCACGAGAUGGUCAGUCAUUUGGAUAUAUGUAAAACCGAAAUCAGAACCAUUAUUAUUAUAAUUGAAAAUCUACUGAAUACUUUAGAUAAUUCGACACAGAAUAUUAACUAUUAUAAAAUCCUGUUACUUAAUAUUCUUUUGUUAUUACAAAUGUAUUCAAAGAAUAGACACAAACUUUAGUUGUA